AAAUUCAGUCGACGAUUGUAAGCCGUACCGUUCAGACGUUUUUUGGCGAAUGUGCUUCGCUCUUUCGGUUUCGGAAUCAGAACAAGCAAGAAAACAGAAGAAAGAAAUAGAGAAGAAGAAGGAGAAAAAAAAAAGCAGUGAAUUGAAAAUCCAUUAACUUCAAACGAAAAACAACAACAAAAAAUAAAUUAGUUCAAUGAAAGUAAAUUGCAAAGUUGAAGAAAUAAAGAAAAAAAUCACUAAACAAACCAGGUUUUUGACUGUUUGUUGAGAAAAACGACCGCAAUUCUGGAAUGAAAUUAAUUGUGUGCGCUGCUCGUUUGGGCAAGAGAAAUUUCGUUUACGAAAUGUGCUUGUGAAAUUGAAUUUGUUGAAGGCCAGCAAAGCAACAGAAGUAAACCAAAUGAAAACGGAGAAAACUCAUUAAAAUUAAAGUGAAUAAAGCCGAGAAUUGAAUGUGCUUCACAUCAGCAUAAGAUGUAACACAGGAAAAUUCACUGCCAUAUCAAAAGUCUAACUUUCAUAUCAAACGCAAUAUCAAGGUGACACUGAAAAAUAUUCACCAAAUCCAGAGCACAAGGAAGUUAACGUAUUUAUUGAGUGUAUACUCUCGAAAUAGAACAUAAUUUAGUGAUUAAAACACAAAUAAUAGCUGCGAGUAAAAAAAAAAAAGUUUAGCCAAUUUAGUAACUCUGGUCUCGUGCGUGCAUAUAAUCAAAAGUAUCGUAAAUCACGCCGUAUUUUGUGAAGAAAAAAUUCAUCCAAAAACACCGAAUGUGGCAUAGAACUGAGGCAAAUAAGCAAAACGCAAAACAUAAAACAAUGAACACAUUACCAAAGUAAAAGUGGAUUAUCAGUGAUUAAAGUGAUUAAGAGUGCUUUUAAGCGAAUGUGCAAGUCAAUACACACACAAUAAACCAUAUACAUUCAUUGUGCAAAUUGAUUCAAUUUGGCAAAAUCGACGACCGACUAAAAUUGUGCUAGAAAAUAACAACAAAAAAAGAUAGCCGCAAUUAAACAAUUUCCACAUAAAUAAAUCGGGUUUUAACUGCCAUUGUGAGAGAGUUCAUUAAAUUGGAAUUACGGCAGUGGUGAAAACUCGACCAAAAUAGCUUUCCAGUUAUGUAACGAUGAAGCCAGCAGUAGCACAUUCGAAAACCCAAUGAAAUGAGAGCGAAUGUCUAAUUCACACUGUUCAGCGAUGAAGUAAAACAAAGAGAUAGUAGAAAAAUAAUAAUCAAUUUGAUCUCAUUCGAUGUGAAUAUGUGUGAUGUGCAUUUGAGAGACUAAUGACUCACAGCAAAUUACAUAAUGACCAAACAACGUUUAGUUGCAAAUAAAUAGAAAAAAAAACAAAGAAACAAAAAACACAUAUCCAAAUGUUUGCUAAAGACCAAAACCAAGUGAAUCGAUCAAGUUUAGUUUUUUUUCGUCAACAGUCUUAACCAAAGUUUUUUUUUAGUUCGUUCAUUUUUUUUUCUCUUCGAUUCUUCAACGCAUAACAAUAACAUUCGCUAAGAAAGCAAAAUGACAUCGACAAAGCGUUAUUUCGUUAGUGAAUUGAUGUCAGUUGCACUUGUAAUGCAAUUGGUAGUGCUGAGCGCGUUGAUCAGUAGCAGUGCUGGAUCAUCGUGUCAUUCGGUGUGCGCAUGCAAGUGGAAAAGUGGCAAACAGACUGUCGAAUGCAUCGAUCGCGCAUUGAUUACCAUUCCCGAAGAUUUGGAUACCGAGACACAAGUGUUGGAUAUGUCUGGAAAUAAUUUACAAAUUUUACCACGUGACACAUUCAAUCGCAUCGGUUUGGCGAAUUUGCAAAAGAUUUAUCUGCGCAACUGUCGACUCGGUCAAAUUGAUAGCGAAGCCUUCAAUCUGCUCACCAAUCUCGUCGAAUUGGAUCUAUCAAAUAACUUAUUAACGGCCGUACCAUCAGCUAUUCUCGCAUCUCUUCCAGCAUUACGAGACCUGUCACUUGCGGGCAAUCCAAUCCAAAAGGUUGACGGUCACAUAUUUAAGCUACCACUCGAGCUCGUCAAAUUAGACUUAUCACAUUGCGAUAUCCAAACAAUUGCACCCGAAGCAUUCAAAGGCCUCACAAAAUUAAAAGCGCUCAAAUUGAAUGGCAAUAAACUGAAUGAACUUCGGCCAAGAACAAUCGACACCCUCAGCAAUUUGGUUGACAUUGAGCUACAUGAUAAUCCUUGGAUAUGCGAUUGUCGUCUGCGCGCUGCUAAAAUAUGGUUGAGCGAGAAAAAUAUGCCAUAUCAUGUAGCUCCUGUGUGCCGUAGUGGUCCAGAGCGUGUCAUCGAUCGUACAUUUGAUGAGCUCACCGAAGAUGAUUUUGCCUGCAAACCAGAAAUGAUGCCCGUCAAUCGUUUCGUCGAAUCAUUAACUGGUGAAAAUGCAACAAUCACAUGUCGCGUUCAUGCAGUUCCAUCGGCCACGAUAAACUGGUAUUGGAAUGGUCGACCGCUAUUGAAUGGAUCGUCGUUUAGUUCGUAUCAAAAAGUGUACGUUUUGGAAGAUGGCAAAUUCGAGAAACAAAGUCGUCUCAUUUUGUCCAACGCUCAAGACACCGAUUCGGGCGAUUUCUAUUGUGUAGCCGAAAAUCGAGCGGGCAGCACCGAAGCCAAUUUUACACUACAUGUUUCGGUCAAAACAGCCGGACUAUCGCCGUUUGGCAGCAAUCAAAUUGUUGGAUUAACUGCUGCUCUUAUCAUUUUAAUGCUAUUCAUUUUGGCAACAUCAUUCUUCUUGUUACUUCGUGUGCGUCGUGUUCCAUUUACUGAGAGUAAAUCACCCGGUCACUUGGAGGUGAUUACAACGGCAAAUCCGCAAGUGGCUGCCAAUGGCAAACCAGCAUGUAACAACUUGUACGUCGACACAAACAAUGUAAAUGCUGCAAAUGUUUUGAACGAUCGAAAAGAGGCGAAUGACCUUAAACUGGCGAAUCCAGUUCAAAAACCACCUCGUCUCACCGACAUCACCUAUUCAACAAGUCAUUACGAUGCAAAUGGUAGCAUUAUUUCGGGUGGUGGUGCAUUGUUUGGAUCACCAACAGCUUCGGCUGGCAACAAUCCCGAUUUAAUCAACGACACAAAACGUUUCGGCAGCGGUGAAUUCAAUCCGUUGACAAUUGAUGCCGCCAAUUUACAAAUCCCAACCACAUCUCAACAAAACUGUGAUUCAAUCGAGCGGCAUGGCAGCGGUGAAUACAGUCGGGCUGGCUGUGAUUCGCUGUAUCCGUCGGGACUUUGGGAAACAAAUGCCGCAAAUCUAGCACAAAAUCAACAAACGCAACAUAGUUUAGCGGCAGCCGCUCAAGAUUUGUAUUUGAAACGAGCGGCCAACUCAGCACUGCGUGGAUUCAACGGUAGCAUCUAUAGUGAAAAAAUGCCAAUCAUCGAGAACAUUCAUAGCGUAAAUUUUGACGACGAAACAUCCGCAUCGGCUGACUAUAUCAGUCGAACAUUUCCACGAACGGCAAUCGCUCAACAUUUAGUUAAUAGUAAUGGAAUGCGCAGUAGUGAAAAUAUGAUGGUCACCAGUGAACAAAACGAUAGCGUAAUUAUGAAUAAUAACAAUAAUUUGAAUAAUUUAAAUAAUAUGGCCGUUGUAACGAGUGGUAUAAGUGCGAGUUUGGCAACAAGCAGUAGUAGCAGUACAAGUGGUUAUCCAUCUGACUAUGGUUUGCCCAUUGUACCCGGUGCUGAACAUCAUAAAUCACGUGAAGCAUUGCCACCGUCUGGAAUAACGAAUGCAAAAACUCUGCGAGUAUGGCAACGCGGUGGCAUUCCUGUGUUACCCCCUGUCACCGCAUUGAAGCGAGCUUUAACCAGCAGUCGAAAUUCACCGGACGAAGGAUACCAAGAAGGUUGUGGCACAGACGUGUAAUUUCAUUUUAUCAUAUAAAUAUUAGACUAGAUACACGUUUACCUACUAAUAAUAACACUCCCUUAAAACAUGAACGAAAAAGAAAAGAAAAAUAAAAAACAAUAACAAUACACGGAAAAUCGGAAAUAAAUUCCCUUCUGAACAAAAGAAAAGCCAAAAAGAAAAAUCAAUUGAGUAUCAUUCGUUCGAAUUUACACAUUCAAAAUUCAGAUAAUCGAAGGGAUAAUGAUUAGAAUUAACGAUAAAAAAAAAACACUGAACAACCAAUCAUAUUAUAUGAUAUGGAUCGAAAGCCGUUUAACGCGAUUCCAUGUAUUCAUAAUGCAGGAGGAGAAAAUUAGAAGUGACUCAUCACACAAACACAAUAUUUAUAUUUUUCUAUUUUAUACGAAUAUGAUAUCACUCCAAUUAUUUGACAAGUUACUUUUCUUUCUUUCUUGGAAAUAGUUCCGUUUCAUUUAUUCCAAUAACUGUCUUUUAUGAAUUUUCAAUUUUUUUCUAUCAAGUUUUUAUAGUGUUUGGAAAGUGAACAGCAGCAAUGUGACUAACGUUCAACCUUUUCACACAGGAAUUCAUGUUUUCUUUUUUCUUUUUUCUAUGUAUUCAUGAGUUUUUGAUAUAGACACAUGCAUAGGUUACGUUUUUAUGAGAAUCGAGUGUUCAAAUUGUUUUAAUUCAUGCGCGUAUAUUUUUCUAUGGCUAGUCCAGUUUAUUUUGAUGUGAAAGGAGAGUUUAAUUUGAAGGGCGAUCACAUUUUGAAGGCGUCGAUCGUUCUAGUCAAAUAGUCGUUUUAUGGCAUUAAAUCGCGGAUAAUAAUAAUUAUUAUACGAACGAACACACAAACACACACACAAUAACAAAAAAAAAACAGAACAAUAUAUAUGAUGUAUGUAUUUUAAACGUAAACAAAAAUGUUGUCUCAUCUGCGGUAUGGAACACGGUAUUUCGAAAGCAAAACAUUUGCGAUAUUUUAUUUGUUGUCGUCAUAUUUUCCUCAGUACGAAUCCAGAAUAAUAAUUUUUGGAUUGUGAUUUGUCGGCUCUUUCUUUUUUUUUUGUUGGAAAGGAAUAAUGAGAACCAGAAAAAUUAGCCGAAUCGAAAGUCGAAGCGAUUUCUCUUGAAAAUGGGAUAGUCGAUAUGGAUAUGCUAGAACCAUAUAUGAAUGUGAACGAAGCGCAUUGGCCUAAAACAAUUAUUUAGAUUCUCGUCACGUCAAAUGAAAUAUCGCAAUGUUGUUGUUGUGUACUGUGCUCGAAAAGCCUUGACAUAUCACGGAACGAGUAACAAAAGAGCGGUGUAUUAUUUGAGCGGUGAGAUAAAUGUGUAUUAUUUUUGUCUAUUUUUAUUUCUCCCGAUAGAAAUCGUUAAUAACCCAAAUAAAAUUGUAUGAAUUUACUCGUGACAACUGACGAAGAAGAAGAAGGAGAAAACAAGACACAGACCAUUUAAACUACUAAAAGAAAAUGUGGCAAAUUAAAUGAGCAUUUACUAAACGUAUUUAAUGUCAAAAAAAAGAGAAGAAAACAAACGAUGGAAACGAUUGAAGGAGGUGAAGAAAAAAAACACAGGCAUUGGGAUGCUGUUUAUUCCAUGCAUAGUUUUAAGUAAACAUGAAAAAAAAACAGAAGAAAAAACACAAACGAAAAGACUUGUAUAUACGAAAUUAUCAUUAAAUUCCAAAUUGAGGUUAUUUAAAUUUGGUUUAACUUAGAGGAAUGAAAUGUAACGUGUGUUCGCCAUAAUGGCGAAAUGUUCUUUUUUGAAAAUUGGAUUGAUAAAUUCCUUCAACCUAGUAGGUGUACAGUGAUAAAAAAAAACCCUAAUUAUUAAGAUAUUUAAUGAACAGAAACAAAAAAAAAUCAUAUUUCAUGAACAAAAAUAAAAUGAUGAAUAAAUAAAUUAAAAAAAAAACACAUCCAUUCAAAGAAUCACAAAAAAAAUGUUACUAAUUAUAUCAGAUAAUCCAAAAACGGUAUUUCACUUAGCACAAUAGCUCUACAGAUAUAUAUCUAUAUGUAUCAAGAAUUUAUUCAUGGAACCUAAAGAAACAAAUAAAACAAAUGAACAAACAGAAAAAGACCGACAACCAUACCGCAUAUACCGGGAAUGUAAGGAAAAAUCACAUUUGUAAAUAAAGUGAAUGAUUAAGAACCGAACAAAAUGAAACAGAAAAAUUACAUAAAAAAUAUAACCAGAAAGGAAAAAAAAAAAAAACAAAAAUUGGAAA